CUUCUACAGCUUUUGCUCGUGGCGUCUUUCUCCAAGUCUGAGGAGCGAGUGUGCAGCCUGAUGGGGGAGCCAGAGGAGCCCCAGCUCUUCAAGACUGGAGACAUCAUCUUGGGUGGAAUCUUCUCCUUCCACAGCACCUUCAAGACUGUGGAGUCGACCUACGUGCACAGACCACUUCCACUACAGUGUAUAAGUCUGAAUUUCAGAGCGAUCCAGUAUGCCCAGGUGAUGCUGUUUGCCAUUGAGGAGAUAAACAACAGCACAGACAUUCUGCCUGGCAUUAAACUAGGUUAUAAAUUGUAUGAUCUAUGUGGUUCAAUUGCACGGGCAGUUAAAGUCGCGCUGUCUUUGAUUAAUGGCAAUGAGGAAAUGGCCUCCAUGUCAGAGAAACCUUGCAGUGGAUCUGUCCCUGCCAUUGUAGGAGUGACCUCGUCUUCUCCUUGCAUGGCAAUAUCCACAGUUAUUGGGCCCUUUCACACUCCAUUGGUCAGCCACUUUGCAACAUGUGCUUGUCUUAGCAACAAAGUCCGGUAUCCAUCCUUCCUCAGAACCAUACCCAGUGACUACUACCAGAGCAGAGCCCUGGCCCAAAUGGUCAAGCACUUUGGAUGGACCUGGGUAGGGGCUAUUAGAUCAAACGAUGACUAUGGAAACAAUGGAAUGGCCAUAUUCAUAGAUACAGCAACAGAGCUCGGAAUCUGUCUUGAGUACUCAUUGCCUUUUAUCAGAACAGAUCCACCAGAACAAAAGCAGAAGAUUAUAGAGACCAUUAAAGGUUCUACUUCUAAAGUUAUUAUUGCGUUUGUCAAUCAUAUGGAUAUGGAUGUACUAAUUGAGGAGUUUGCACAUCACAACCUCACAGGGUACCAAUGGGUAGGCACUGAAAGCUGGAUAUCAGAUUCCCAAAAUGCACAAGCGAAGGGCCACUACAUCCUGGAUGGCUCCAUCGGCCUUGCCAUCCGAAAGGCCCAUGUCACUGGCCUUAGAGAGUUCAUUUUGGAUGUGAAGCCACUCAACUCCUCUGGAAAUAAAUUGUUCAUAGAGUUCUGGGAGAAAACCUUUGGUUGUAUUUUUAAUCAUAUAAAUCAAACAGAAAAAACACUCAAACAGUGUACUGGUUAUGAGGAUCUGACACAGAUAAAAAACAGCUUCCAUGAUAUGUCACUUAUGCCAAUCUUUAACAAUGUAUAUAAAGCAGUGUAUGCAGUUGCCCACACUCUUCAUACAAUUAUUGGCUGUGGAGACACAUGUAGCAACACUAUAGCAUCAGAUCCGCAAGUGAUUUUGCAGCAUUUAAAAAAAAUAAGGUUUAAAACAAAAGAUGGAGAAGAGGUUUACUUCAAUCAGUAUGGAGACCCAGCUGCAAAGUAUGACAUCAUAAAUUGGCAGCCCAAGAAGGAUGGCAGUGUGGAGUUUGUUACUGUUGGCCUCUUUGAUGCGUCUCUGCCUGAAGAAAAACAGCUUCAUAUAGAUAACCUAACAUUGACGUGGGCAAAUAACUCAAAACAGGUACCUAUUUCAGUCUGCAGUGGGACAUGUGCUUUGGGAACUCGAAAGGUCCUCCAGAAAGGAAAGCCUGUCUGCUGCUAUGACUGUAUACCGUGUGCAGAGGGGGAAGUCAGUAACAAAACAGAUUCAAUCACCUGUGUUAGAUGUCAUCCUGAGUUCUGGUCCAAUAAGAGAAGAGACGAAUGUGAGAAAAAGGAAACUGAGUUUUUGUCAUACACUGAAAUCAUGGGGACAAUUCUCACACUGUCUUCCUUGUUAGGAGCCUGCUUGACUGCUACAGUGGCAUUCAUUUUCUUUAGACAUAGGAAUACUCCAAUCGUCAAGGCCAACAAUUCUGAGCUGAGCUUCCUGCUGCUCUUCUCCUUGACUCUGUGUUUCCUGUGUUCUCUGACCUUCAUCGGCCGUCCCUCAGACUGGUCCUGUAUUUUUCGCCACACAGCUUUUGGGAUCACCUUUGUCCUCUGUAUCUCUUGUGUUCUGGGGAAAACUCUUGCCGUGCUAAUGGCCUUUAAGGCAACACUACCCGGAAGUAAUCUAAUGAAAUGGUUUGGACCUCGUCGACAAAGAAUCGUUGUUCUAGCUUUUACUUUUAUACAGGUUGUGAUUUGCAUAGUUUGGGUAACAGCGAACCCUCCCUAUCCGUUUAAGAAUUUAAGACAUUUUAAAGAUAAGAUCAUUCUAGAAUGUGCAUUGGGAUCCCCUAUAGGUUUCUGGGCUGUGUUGGGUUAUAUAGGACUCCUAGCUAUGUUAUGUUUCAUACUGGCUAUUCUGGCCAGAAAGCUGCCUGAUAACUUCAAUGAGGCCAAAUUCAUCACCUUCAGCAUGUUGAUAUUCUGUGCAGUCUGGAUGACCUUCAUCCCUGCUUAUGUUAGUUCUCCUGGGAAGUUCAGUGUGGCUGUGGAAAUAUUUGCUAUCCUGGCCUCUAGUUUUGGGUUACUUUUUUGUAUUUUUGUUCCAAAAUGCUACAUAAUAUUGUUGAAACCAGAAAGAAACACAAAAAAGAAUAUGAUGGAGAAGAAGAGUUAG